AUGGAUACCAACGUCGCUACCUGCUUAGCGGCUAUUUCCCCCGCCAUCGCACCACAGUUAAUGACGACCGCCAAGGUAUUCGUACGAAACGGAGAAUCCAACUUAAUACCGUGUCGCGCGCUAUUAGAUGCAUGUGCCACCGCAAAUUUUAUUACGGAAGACUUCGCGAAAAUAUUAAGUCUGCCUAUAGCUUCAUGCGCGAUACCUAUCGGCGCAAUUAAUGCCAUGAAUACGGUAUCUAAGGGCGUCGUUCGAAUCACUAUACAAUCAACGCACAACGAAUCCAGCAAAAAUUUAACGUGUCUGUUAGUUCCAACAAUAGCAGAUUGGGUACCAUCCGAGGUUUUUCCGCGAGAAACCAUUACAAUUCCAGCUAAUAUCAAAUUAGCCGAUCCCGAAUUUCAUUUACCGCGUCCGAUCAAUUUAUUGAUAGGUUCCGGCGCGACAUUAUCACUAUUCUCAAUCGGACAAAUCGAUCUUUCUCAUAACGGUUGCGAUUUGUAUCUGCAAAAGACACGACUCGGAUGGAUCGUUGCGGGAGGAAGUCCAGCGCAGAAUCAUUCGAAAAUCGCGACGUGCGCAUUAACGAAUUUAGAGCAGCAGAUUGCAAAAUUCUGGACAGUAGAAGAAGUAGCUAACAAUACGCAAAGGUCAAUUGAGGAACUCAAGUGCGAAUCACAUUUCAUUAAAAACAUUACACGUAGCAAUGACGGUCGUUAUGCGGUAAAGCUUCCGUUUCGCGAAGGCAAUAAUCAACUCGGCAAUUCAAAAAAGAUUGCGCUCAAACGUUUAUAUUCACUCGAGUGGAAACUCGACACGAAACCGGAAUUAAAAUCAGCGUAUACGCAGGUUAUGCAAGAAUAUCUAGACUUAAAUCAAAUGUCUCCGAUAAACGAACUAUCCGACGACGGAUUUUAUAUGCCACAUCACGCGGUGAUCAAAGCAUCAAACAAUACAACAAAGGUUCGUGUAGUCUUUGAUGCGUCAGCAAAAACAGAUAACGGAAGAUCAUUGAAUGACAUAUUAAUGGUAGGGCCUACGAUUCAAGACACCAUAUUCGCACACUUACUAAGAUUCCGCACGUACAAAUAUGUUCUUACGGCGGAUAUCGAGAAAAUGUAUCGACAGGUAAUACUGCACGAGGACGAUAGGAAGUACCAGCGUAUAUUAUGGCGCCAAAAUCAGCAAAUUAAAACCUUUCAGCUCAAUACGCUCACGUUCGGCAUAUCCUCGUCACCUUAUCUCGCAAUACGCACGAUUCAAAAACUCGCAGAUGACGAACGUCACGUAUAUCCGGCCGCUGCCGAGGUGCUCAAAACACAUUUAUACGUUGACGAUCUGCUCACCGGCACACAGAGUGUUGAAGAAGCUCGCGCAUUACGGGACGAAGUAAUCGCAUUAUUAGCGCGAGGCGGUUUCAAUAUUCGACAGUGGGCAUCCAACGAAAAAUGUAUCAUCGACGAUCUAGAAUCCGACGCCAUAAACGCGAACCUCGUACUCGAUAAGAAUAAUCCGUUAAAAAUAUUAGGCAUAUCAUGGCACGCCGAAAGGGAUGAAUUGCAUUACUCGGUUCGUUCAAUCAAUCAAACAGGAAAGGUUACAAAGCGAAUUAUGAUAUCAGAAAUAGCUAAAAUAUUCGAUCCGUUAGGUAUCUUAGGUCCAGUCAUAUUAUUUGCUAAAAGACUCAUGCAAGAGUUAUGGCAAUGCAAAUUAGACUGGGACGAAUCAGUUCCGCCAAACAUAUAUACUAUGUGGAUGAAUUUCACCACACAAUUAAGUCUCAUUAACGAAUUGUCCAUAGAUCGCGUAGUAUUAACGCCAGGAUCUAUCGAAAUGCAAAUUCAUGGUUUCUGUGACGCAAGCAAUCUCGGUUACAGAACCUGUUUAUACAUACAAGUCGAAGGAAUUCUUAAUUCCAGACCCAUUGCCUCACUUUCGUCUGAUCCCAACGAUCCUUUAGCGUUAACACCUGCUCAUUGCUUGAUCGGCAGACCGUUAAUUAAUGUACCAGAGCCUGAUUACUCGCAUGUCCCUACCAAUCACUUAUCUGCUUGGCAGCACAUAACCAAGGUACGCCAGGAUUUCUGGGCCCGUUGGAGCUUGGAGUACCUGAACGAGCUUCAAAUUCGUCGCAAGUGGGUCCAAGACGGAGAGGAACUCCACAUCGGUAUGAUCGUACUGGUCAAAGACAAAGGACUUCCAUGUUCACAAUGGGCGCUUGGCAAGAUCACCGCAACACAUCCCGGAGCAGACGGAAUCAUACGAACCGUUACUAUUAAGACUGCGACGGAGGAUCUGAAACGAUCCGUCAAACAUAUAUGUCCGCUCCCAAUCGAACCGUAA